AUGGAUAAUAAUACAACUAUCAUGAGUAAUCUAAGUGAUUAUAGUUCGGAUGAAAAUGGUCCAUCAUUGCAUACACGUAUUGCUUUUGCUUGUGCAUGGAUUAUUAUUGCUGUUGCUGGCAUUACAGGUAAUGGUCUCGUUAUAUUUGUUGCUAUUCGAUUUCAAAAAUUAAACAAUGUUACAAAUUGUUUUAUUGUUAAUUUGGCUAUUACCGAUAUUGUCUUUUUGGCAUUUUGUAUGCCACUUCUUGUAGUUCAAUAUACAUUAGACCAUUGGUUAUUCAAUCAAGUCUUUUGUAAACUUCUAAAUUUUAUAUCCUUCAUUAGUGUUCUUGUUACUGUUCUAACAUUAGUCGCAAUGACUAUUGAUCGUUAUAUUUAUGUCGUAAGACCAUUUGAAAAUUUAAAAUGGCGAAAACCUAGAACUGUAUUAUUAUUAAGUGUUGUCAUCUGGUUGAUUUCAUGUAUAUUUGCUUCACCAUUUUAUUAUCAUUACGGUGUUACAAAUGUGCAUGAUAAUCAUCGACAAUGUGUAUUACUUAGUGAUGAACAAUUACAAAAAUAUUUUUGUAUAUAUACAAUUACACUUUAUUAUUUUAUUCCAUUAACAAUAAUAAUAAUAUCAUACACUAAAUUACUUUAUUAUGUUUAUUCAAAAGAAAAUAAACUUCAUCCUAAAACAAAAUAUAAUGUUAUUAAAUGGUCAAAAAAACGUCGUGCUGUAACAAAAAUGGUUGCCGUUGUUACUCUUGUUUUUGCACUUUGUUGGCUACCUAUAACAUUAUAUAUAAUGUCAGCAUAUAUAUUUCCACAAAAAACAGCAUUUGUUUAUUAUUUUAAAAUUAUUGCCAAUUCAUUUGCUUAUCUAAAUUCAGCUAUUAAUCCAAUUCUUUAUGCAUUUUUAAAUCGUAGUUUUCGUAAUAAUUGUGGAAGUCUUUUUCUUGAACCAACAUGUACAUUACUUUUUCGUGAUAAUCAACGUCAAUCUCGUAUACAAUCUCAACAACAACAAGAACAACAAUCACGAAAACAUCAACUAUCAACACAAGUUGAUCGAUUUAGUUAUCAAUCAACAAAUCAACGAUCAUUCUCACCAAUGGAAGAUAAAAUGAAAAAAGAAAUUGUGAAAAUAAAUAAUGAUCAACAAUUAUCACCAGAUAUUAUACUAAAUUAUGAGUUUUCUGAUGGUGAUUGUGAAAUAUCUGAUGUUGAUGGUAGCAAUCGAAUUCCUAUUAAAAAUACUCCGUCUGAAAUUUAUCUUUUUAAAGGACAAUAUGAACAAAUAUCAACAGAGGACACUAAUGGUUCAAGUACGUUGACAACAACUCUUUGA